GAAUUGAGGACGCUUAUAUGUCACAAACCCUGCACUACAAAAUUAUAACACUAAUGCUCAUCACGGUUGAGACGUCGUCAUCAACUAGUACAAUACAUUGCAGCUUCGAAAGUGGUGAAUCUCAAGCAUUCGACAUAUCGAACGUAACAGCGAAGCUGUCCAUAAGAAGACCAUGCUCUAGUGCAAAGAGGAUUUCUUUGGGAGGAGAAACGGUGCUUACCGCUGAUGGUCUCAGUGAUUCGUUUUUCGAAUGGCUCCUGGGCAUAGAUGAACUAAACAUGUGCAUUUCGAUUGAAAAUACAAAUUUGACAUACCUAUCGAUUUAUACUAAAUCAAUAAUUGGAAGCUGCAAAGGUCCAACGAUAAAUAUUGUUCAAAACCAGAAACUGGAGCAUAUCUUCUGGGAGUGGGAAAAAACAGAAUUAGCAAAAAAUUUAUCAUCCAAACCAGGCUCUAUGAGAAUUCGUGGAAACCCGAAUUUGGGAGAGCAAGACUUGGAAAUAAUACACAAACUGAAUGACAACUUGAAGGCUGGUUGGGAUUUACAAGUGAAAGGAGAAUGUUCUUUGCCGAGACCGUUCAAAUCAUUCAAAGAACUGGGCACAACUUGUCCUCGAUUUUAUGGAAUCUUAACAGUGGAACCAACUACUGCGAAAAUCGAGCCGUCCCAGUCCAAGAUUGAUAUCGAAGGGUGCAUACAGAUCGAAGAUACAAAGCUGAAGGAUGUCACAUUUAUAGUGACAAUGUCAAACUUUCGUCCUAUACCCGGUUGUCCGCAAUAUAUUCGUAACAACAAGCAGUUGUGCUCCAAAAACUUAGACUAUCUAAAUACGAUCAUAGGCAAUAUAACAAUUUCCAACAAUCUCGAUGGCUGCAAUGAAUGCUUGGGUGGCAAGGUAUCAGAAAGUUAUCUUCGUUAUAGUGUCAACUGCAAAUUUAUAUUUGGAGAUCUCAUAAUUUCGAAUUGGAAGAAAGUUCCUCCAGGAGUCGAAAACUUGGGAACAAUAGAAACCAUAGAAGGCAGCCUCAUCAUAACCAAUAAUGCUGGUCUCAAUAACUUCGACUACCUUAUGGGACUCAAAAGAAUUGGAGUGAAAAACGAGAAAAGCAUAGCAAUAAUUGUGGAGAAUAAUCCGGAUUUGAAACGACUACCAAUGCCGCUAUUGGAAGAAUUAAAGCUAGAUAAGCCAAUACGAGUGCGAUUGAAAAAUAAUCCUCAGCUUGACCCGAAGAUCCAGCGUGUGCCAGUUCCGACUACUACGACUACAACUACAACUUCGAGAUCAAUAAGUAAAGAGCUUGCUAGUGUAACCGACAGGUUUGCUAUCGUCAGCGGACCCAACAGGACAAGAAAAGUUUCCGUGUUGCCCAACAAAGGCAAACCAAUCGUGAUUGACGCAAAUGGGAAAGAAAAGGGCAGGAAAGAGAAGCCUCAAACAUCCGCUGACAAGGAAUCGCAUAUCAAGUGGUUCUUCAUAAUUGGAGCAGCUGUUGUAUUUAUUUUGAUCUUGAUAAGCGUACUGGCCAUAUUUCUUCUUCUCCGCGUAAAGAAAUCAUGUUCUGUUCUUCCACCACCACCAUAUGAACUCGGAUCAAAGUCUCGCGAACAGCUCGUUUCUUUGAGUACGGAAAUUUUAUCAAGAAGUCCGAUUGUGUGGACGAUAGAAGAUUUGGAGCUCAUCUGGAGAGAUACGCGCAGUGCAGCCGGUGGUGGUAAUACAGCUGAUCGAGGAAAACAGAUCGACUUUCUCAAGCGUCACCUCAUUCCUCUUGCUGCUAACGGCAAACUACCCAUCAAAAGAGAGGUUGAGUACGACAAGCCUCUCCAGAGUCGGGUACAAGAAUUACUGGAGUAUGACUUGGUCAUAAUGAUUGCGGAAGAGCCUGGAGUCAACAAAGUAGUGGCGCGACUUCCAAGCAACGUGGGCGAUCUUUGCCUGUAUAUAGACGGCAAAGAGAAUAUCUCAAUAGCAUACAAAUUGUUGGAAGUCACUCAACUAUCAGCGAAGUCUACUUACUAUAGAUAUGAGGCGAAAAACGUGAACAAACGCAAAGUUAAAAAUUUAGACUUAAUAUCUUACCAAUGGCCCAACGAAAGACUUCCUAUGGAUUUCAUAGAACUCUUGCGGCUUAUAGUGAUGUCAAGUGGUAGAAAAGUGGUAUGUACAAGCAACAGAAGAAAAGAAGUCUUUUCUCUCCUGUACUUUUUUCAUAAAAUCAUUACUUCGGGAAAAGCAGCGAUGAAUGUGGUUGAUGCAUUUCGUCUUCAUACUCAAUUUUGUAAUGGAGCACCUCUUGACCGACAUGAAAUGCUAUAUGUGAUGCGGAUAUUGCUAGAUUGGGCUAAAUGCGCUAAAUGUCUGCCAGAUAAGAACAAAAGGGACCAUAUGCGAUGGUGUCAAAUAUACGAUCAAAUGUCCUUAUUUUCCAAAAAGCACGGAAAUAUCAUAAACAUACAUCCAAAUCAUCUUUUGCGGCUCGAUCUUCCUGCAGCGCUAGAAAACGAAGUAGAAGCAGCAAACAAAAGACGAAAAAAAGUGCUGGUUGAACGAAAAGAAAUUGUUGCGCUCUCCGAUGUGUUUAGAAGAAAGACACCUGAGGAACUGAAACGUGAAAUGAAUAAAAAAGCUACUGUAGACGCUACAAGGAGCAUUCAAAUCAGUACCAAUGUACCUAUAGAGGCAGCUAUGUUACCAAUCAGUGCCAAUAUACCCGUUGACGUAUUCGCUCAUGAACUGGACGCAGGAAGAACUGCUGAGAUAUGAAGAGAUAGGAUAGCCUAGCAGUUGAUAAUUGAACCAAUAUGAUUAAUAACGAAGCAAAACAGAUAUUUGUCGAUUUCAAUACAAUAAAG